AUGAGUGAAUCAAUGCAAUCCUCCUCUUCUGGAAGCCCAUCUCAGGACACUGGAACAAGCAGCCUCGGCAGCAAUGUUUCGAGAUCAGAGGCGCAAGAUCAGAAUGUUGGAGAUUCGUCCGGUUCGUCCCCGAUCGACAUGGAAUGCAACAUCCAAACAGAACGCAUCACAAAGAGUUUGGACAAGCUUGUGUACCGGACUAAACUAUCGCUCUGCAUUCCUGCCUUGAUGCGCGAUAAAAUCUUGACCAAUAUUUUGUCUUCCAGAUAUUUCCAGGACGCUGCGUUCAUUAUUUUUCAGUACGUAGGCGAUAAUGCUUUUUCUAAGAGUUGUAUAAAUAUGAAUGCUGUUAAAGAUGUACAAGCGGGAAAUAUGUCAUUGAAGCACCGUGUAAACUCUGACUUAAGUCACUUGCUGUGUACUCUGUGUAGCUAUCCAGCACUGGAGCCUCACGUGGAAAGACUUGUAGAAAAAAUGAAAAGAGAUACUUUAUGCAGCGGAGACCAGAGUAUAAAAUCGCCCGGUUUGAAUCAUCUGCUCAAGUUGGAGGAAUUCCGCGAUCUGAUGGUGCAGAGAAUGAAAACUACGGCGGCCGAAGAGAUGUCAGCUGUAAUACGCACCAGGAAACUUGAAAAAAGCAACAUCGAGUGUCUAAAUAAAAUUGCAGAGGAUAAAAAGUGCAUUCAGGAAGAAAAACUUCAGCACGAAGAGCAAUAUCGACACAAAGUGGAAGUGAUAGCUCAGCUCAAACGAGAUAUACAGGAACUCCAGCAAAAAUUUUCCAUUGGGAAGAAAAAACAGAUCCUGGAUUCUGAACGUCAAAUGGUACUGGCAACGCGAAGCCACAAGGUCAAGUACGAAAUACUCAAAGAGGAAGUGGCCGAUAGCAAAGAGGUUUACAACAACUCACUCAUUAUAAAUAUGACGGCUGAAAAGCAACUACGAGAUCGCAGAAGGAAAGUUGAAACGCAGUUGCUGUCGUGGGUGCAGAAAUAUGACUUGGAAAUGACGGCCAAGCAGCAAGAGCUGGACGAGGUCACUAAGCAGUACGAAGAUGAGGUUAAGAAAUGCAACGAAUUGGAGCUCAAGUUACAGAAACAGAACGAGGAGUUCUUCCCGCUAAUGGAGGAGAGAGACGCUGAAUACCAUCAAGAGAUGACCGCCAAGUUGGACAAAUUCAUCGUCGAGCACGCGGCGAGGGUCAUACAGACCGCGUGGCGGGAUACUCUGAAGAACCGAGCAGAGAAGAAAAGGUUAAUAAAGUUAAAGAAUAAAAUGCAAGCGGAGAAGCAAGCAGCGGCUAAAAAAGCAGAAAUUGAAGCCAAGCAGAAAGAGUUGCUAGAGAAAAAGCAAAGAGCAGAAGAGAAAGCAGCAGCUAAAGCUGCAGCUAAAGCUGCCAAACUAGAAGCUAAAUCUGCCAUACUAGAAGCUAAAGCUAACAAAGAUAAACAAGGAUAG